UUAUAUAAACAUUGUUGCGGGGCAAGCGAGACGCCGCAGAGCUCGACAGCUGGAAGAGAGACAAGUACGGGACGCAGGAGGACAUAGGAGUUGUUUUUUGCAGACAAUAAACGCCUUUUUUAUUUGCCUUUCCUUACAAGCAGAUGCAUUUGACAAACAUGCAAAGCUCGGAGAGUUCACCUCCCAGUCCCAGGAGGUUGUCGUGGGGCAAAAUGGUGCAAAGACUGGCCGACUUCAGCAGCGGCAGCCUGGAGUCCAAGUCCAACAAUAGCAGCAGGAGCGACCUCUCAGACUCAGCGUCCGACGUCUCCGGCGAGCUGUCCCCCUCCGCCGACGACCUCUUCUACGACCCCAUGGAGGAGACCAUCCUGAAAGAAGUGGUGGACCUCAUCGAGAGCAGCCUCAAGGAGGCCAAGGACUCGGACUGCGCCCUCAGGUGCGCCAAGCUCCUCAUCCCGGAGAAGCUCCUGGAGCACAUCGGCCGGGAGCUCCUCCACCUGGCGGCCAGCGAGCCGUGCGGCCUGCGGGGGGCGCUCAUCGACCUGUGCGUGGAGCAGGGGCCGCUUUGCUACGAGAGCGUGGUCCAGCUCUCCGUGGACCCUUACCUGGUGCCCACCUUCCAGCUGACUCUGGUGCUGAGGCUGGACUCCGGCGGCCUGUGGCCUAAAAUCCAAGGACUUUUCAGCCCCAAAUCUCCCUCGCAGGCGAUUAAGCUGAGCACGGGGUUCCGCGUGAUCAAGAAGAAACUUUACUGUUCCGAGGAGCUUCUCAUUGAGGAGUGUUGAAGGCACAUCACUGUGACUGUGAGGUGGAAAGGAUGUCAUGCGGUACAAACGUCACAUUCUCCCCGCGUACCUCCGUUUCUAUGGAAACCACCACCUGACGGCAGCUAAGCUAUACGCUCAAUUUUGGGAGGAGCAAAAUGGCAUCCGUAUAAUUUGAUUGUACGCCGAGCAAGCAGCUUCUAGUGUCAUUCCGCGCCUGUGUGGACGUGUCAUUCAUGCUUCUCUCACAGUUUAAUUUAUUGUUUGAUAUUCAAAUGUUCUCGACAUUGCACUUUUCUUUUCUAUUUUCAUAUAGUAGCAAAAAAAGGAAUAAAUUAUUUUUUUAACAAAA